AUGAGUGGUGCUCUGAACGUGUUGACAAGCAGUGGCGAAGCGUGCGGCGCGCGCUGGAUGCUCGGCGUGCUGCUACUGGCACCACUCGCCGCUGCCAACUCCAGCUAUUGUGCUGUACCGGCAGUCAUCUUGCUGGCUGUAUUCGUCACCGCUGCUACAUUUACGAGCAAAGAUCUCAAGAAACUAUCAGAGAUCUUGCCACCGGCGAAGACUUCGAGAGGGCGUAGGGAACGCAAUCUUCAGUCAUUCGCCGACUUCAUGGCGAUGUGGAUGACAUUUCUAUCGCAUUUAGUAGCGGUAGCGAUUUGUGCCCGUAUACUGAGUGCUACCGCUGACCAUGUGACUAGUGGCAGGACUAGGAGGUGGCUCUUUGGAUACGAGACCAGAGCUCUGGGUGAACCCUGGCCAGACGUUCUUGGUGUAACUGUGGUUAUGGUCGUCUGUGCUAUGUUCAUGUGCGGUAACAGUAUAGACGCAGCUCUCCCUGUGACUACUCUCCUGGAAGCGAGGUCCGCUGGUUGGGUUUGUCCAAUGUUAGCCGCAGUUACAGUUGCAGGCGUGAGCCUUGCCCUCACUGAACUCUGCCCGUUACUCUUCAAUGUACUGGUGGCGCUGGCAUCGCCUGAGUGGAAGGUGCUAACAAGAUCAAUGACUUAUGAGAGCACCACGACCGGCAGUCCUGUUUUAGCGGUGUUCACUGCUGCGGCAAUACUUGCGUUUGCGUGCCCAUUAUCACACAUGAUAACACUCAUGAACGCUAGCCAUCUUCUCAGCAUUGCUGUACAGGCAUUCCAGUUUAUGAUCAUGCGUUGUGUGCCCACAGCAGAACAGAAGGAAGCUGGAAAUAUCGAAUACAAAAGAUUGGGAACAGAUGGCACAUCGCGCAAUUUGAAAUCGACUGGUGCAAAACCUAAACAUGGUUUAUGGUUUAUACCAUCAGCCAUAAGACAUACUAAAACUCUUGAAAGUAUAAAAUCGAAGAUUACAAACAAAGGUAAGAAACUAGAGUUCUCCUAUGGUGAAGAAACUGAAGAGCGAGAAUGUUUGCUACUAGACGAAUACGCAGGAUGCCUCAAUGAAGACGUAGAUCACGGAAUGAGUUCUAACUGUGGCCCCAGAGAUGUGCCAACUGCGGAAAUAGAAGAUGUAGCUUCAGAUGUAGAGGCCAGUGAGCCGGAAGUAUCUUCAGGCGACGACUCUACCGAUAUCGACGCCGUGGUUAAAGAAUACAAGGAUAGAAUACAAGUGGUAACUGCUACUCCAGAAUCGAGCACACCCUCCCCUCCAAGUGUGCGGGGAGCGCGUUGGGCUGCAACCGGAGCUAUUGUUCAAGUGACAGCAAAUAUCUUGAUAGCGAUCGCUUUCUGCAACGAUGCUAUCAGAGUGCCUAUGUUUGCUACAGGUAUACCAGGUGAGUGGUAUAUUUAUUCUAUUAAUUUCCUCCUAAUCAUCACAUUCUGCGUGAUUUAUUGA